UCGAGGCGAACGGUUGUACGUACGAGUGCAACGGCGGGCAGGGCUCUUUUAUCACGGUUUCUCAAACGUAAAAGCCGAACGCGACGAGACGCGUGAUCAUUUUCGUAAUUUCUUGCUUGACGAGACCCGCUGCGAAAUGACGAAGUGGUAAUCGACCGCACCUUUCUUCUUCUCCCUCUUCUCUGGCCAGUUCGUCUCUUCGUUACGCGAGAGUUUUUCCUCUCGGUCGAAAAUUCCUCGAUUCCCGGCUAAGAGAAAUUCGAACGCGCCGCGGGAAAAGUGACAUCGCCGGCUCGAUCGGUGAUGCCUCUCUCCCAUACCAACUUCUCAGCCAUUUCAUCAAUAUAUCCAAAGCGAAUCGUCCGAUACUAAUGUAAUGCCUAUGUAACAAACUUGAGAGAUCUCCCCUUCUGGCAACACGCUGAUUAUCAUUUAUCCACAAAUCGACAAUCCACUAACGCACUUGUCCCGCUCUGUGCAUAACUCCGCGGGGCAUUUGUCACUCAACCGGUCGUUGGUGAAAGCUCACCGAACUGAAAUCGAUCUGGCGCGUAAUACCACCAGCACUAUCCGAGACAGUAAAUGGUUGUCGACAUACCGCGGGAUACCUGUAGAAAAUCGAUUUGCGUCGCGAGUUACGUACCCGUCUGGGUACGGUAAAUCCUCGGCUGAAGACCAGCAUCAAGAUAAAGUCAGUGGGAGCUCUGCCUCAGGAUGCGCGGGAACGGGUGGUGCCGUUAGUGGUGGAUAACAACUCGUUAGAGGGACCGGUGAGCGGGGAGGAAGGGGGCCACGAAAACGGCCCCCAAAAGGGCCCGCUGGAUGGUCUAGCCUGCGAGCAGCCAUCGACGAGGUAUAACCGGCAGGAAGACGAGAGCGCUCGAUCGACCGAGACGCACGACUCUGUUACUGUCUCUGCUCCGGAUCUGGCGGGAGUGGAUACCGGGCUGGGAUCCAUCGAUGAACGUAUUGAGCUCGAUGAAAGAAUCGAAAGCGACAUCAAGCAGCCGCAAAGCAUCAUAACGUCGACGAACAACGACAACAACGACGACGACGACGACGGCGACGACGACGACAACGACGACGACAACGACGACGACGACGACGACGACGUUCCGAUCUCGGUACAUUGCAAACGUCACUCGGGAGAACUCAACGGCGCAGCCUUGGAGCUACAAUCAGCCGGCGGCAAUUCCGACGCGCGCGCGAAGAGUUCGAAGAAGACGUUGGACGACGAAGACAACGAUCGCGGCAACGACGACGAAGUACCGGCGAGGAGAACCUGCGCGGCGCAUCGGCACAGAGCGUCCUGUCACGUAGCGAGGAUCCACGCGGAGCCGCCCUGCCGAAGAGGCGCAAAUCGAAGCCGGCUCUGCCGUGUACAUGAUCGUCGGCGGGAUUAUUCGAGAGGGAAGUCCACAGAGAGACCGGAACACCGGCAUCUGAGACUACGCGAUCCGGAAAACGCUAUCGUGCGGCUGGAACAGGAUCCUAUACUUCGUCCGGUGCGCAUCCUCGGUUGUCCGACUACAGAGGGACAGGAAAUAUCUUCGUUCUUAGAGCCAGCCGGGCCUCCCAGUUACGUCUACACGAGCGUGGGUCAAUUCCCCGGCGGUGAACGGCAUUGCUUCGCUCUACACAGGCCGGACAAUAUUUUACCCAAGAAUCGCGCCAGCAAUUUCGCCAGAUAUCUCGACGGUCCGAAUCGUGCCGUGAAGGACAUCAAUCGCAAGCUUUUGGCGAUGGCGCGCGCCAUGACACCCGCCUGGUCGCUGCGCCUUCUUGGCGUCAGCUGCGGUUCCGUAGUCUGUGCCUGGGGACUUCUCUUGAUAUUGUCCAUACUAGGUGGCAGCGCCUCGCACAAUUCAGGCAAUUAUAAUAUUGAUGGUAUGGGAAGUCGUAUGGGGGAUACGAUUUCGGAAGAUCUGAACAGCAUUAGGUGUCCCUGGGCGUGCACUUGCGGCGGACAGGAGGUCGACUGCUCGCAUCGCGGACUCACGCAGAUUCCUGGCGACCUGACGAAUCUACUCAUCGCGGAAAAACUAGAUCUUCAAGGAAAUAAUAUAUCGGUGGUAUUUAAAACGGACUUCGAGGACAUGGCAACGCUCCACGUUUUAUUGCUAUCUAAUAAUCAAAUACACACCAUCGAAAGAGGAGCUUUUCAAGAUCUGGUGGCGGUUGAGAAGCUGCGUUUAAAUAACAAUCAAAUACGUCAUCUACCCGACCUCCUUUUCAGCAACAUGAUGAAUUUAAAACGCCUAGAUCUCAGUCACAAUCAAAUUGCAACCAUAGGACCGAAGACUCUCAGAGGAGUGUCUGCUCUCAGACAUUUAUUACUCGACAACAACGUGCUGACUUGCGUGGAUGAGGCUUCGAUGCGCGAAUUGAAGGAUUUGGAGAUAUUAAUGCUAAACAACAACAAGCUGGUAACGCUCGGCAAGGAGAUGCUGAACGGCUUGACGCAUUUGCGAACUUUGAAGCUCGCGGAUAACGCUCUCGCUUGCGAUUGCCAUUUAGCAUGGUUAUCGCGUCAUUUGAGGACUUAUCCUCGCCUGGGGCAACACACACGGUGCGCAUCUCCGGCUCCUCUCAAGGAUCGCAAUCUCGUCGAUCUACAGGAGCACGAGUUCAAGUGCUCGGGUCUGGUCGAGCGAACGGGAUCGGAAUGCAGCGCUGAGCCCCAGUGCCCGCAUCCUUGCAAAUGUGCUGAUGGGAUCGUCGAUUGCAGAGAGAACUCCUUGACGAAAGUGCCAACCCACCUACCCGAAGACACCACCGAGCUGCGACUGGAACAGAACGGCAUCACAGAAAUUCCACCCAAGGCCUUCUCGCCGUACAGAAAAUUGCGAAGAAUUGAUCUCAGCAACAAUCAGAUAAAAAAAGUAGCAGCAGACGCUUUCCACGGAUUGAAAUCUCUCGAAUCACUAGUUCUAUACGGCAACAAAAUCACGGAGCUACCGGCCGGUCUCUUUCAGGGCUUGACAAAUUUGCAAUUGCUGUUGCUGAAUGCCAAUGAGAUAUCAUGCAUACGAACCGAUUUGUUCAAGGAUCUAACCAGUCUCACCUUGCUAUCUCUUUACGACAACAAUAUACGCUCAUUAGCUAAUGGGACUUUUGCCAACCUGCGAAGCAUUAAAACGCUACAUCUGGCGAGGAAUCCGUUCAUCUGCGAUUGCAACCUGCGCUGGCUGAGCGCGUAUCUUCACGCGCACCCUAUCGAGACAUCCGGCGCUAAGUGCGAAACGCCAAAGAGAGCGCAGAAACGGAAGAUCGAUUCGAUGCGGGACGACAAGUUCAAAUGUAAGGGUGACGAGGAAUUGCUAACGAAAAGAGCAGGCGAGUGCAUCCUACCUGGCGCCUGUCCCGCACCGUGUACGUGCAACGGCGCAACGAUCGAUUGUUCCAACAAGAGAUUAACCGCGAUACCGAAAGAUCUGCCGCUGUACACAUCGACUUUACUAUUGGGCAACAACGAACUGGACAAGAUCAAAGCGGACGGCCUCUUCGAGAAGUUACCGGAGCUGCAGCAUCUGGAUCUGCGGAAAAAUAAGAUUUCCCGCAUCGAGGCAUCCGCUUUUCAAGGGGCUCACAAUCUCACCGACCUGCUUUUGUCCGAGAAUAGGCUGCGAGAAGUGCACAACAAGAUGUUCACCGGUUUGUCGAGCCUCAAAACACUGAAUCUUCACGGUAAUUCCAUCACGUGCGUUAUGCCGGGAUCUUUUGACGAGAUGCCACAUAUACGCGCCAUCAACAUGCAAGGUAAUCCGCUAUCGUGCAACUGCUAUCUCGCGUGGUUCGCCGGAUGGCUGAGAAAACGAGAUAUAGCUGGAAUCACUGGUCGUUGUCACGAUCCGCCGCGAUUAAAGGACGCCGUCAUCAAGGACAUUCCGCAUCACGAGUUCAAGUGCAACAACGACAGCGUGGGUUGCCUAGGCGACGAUUAUUGCCCGCCUCAAUGUAAUUGCGCGGGCUCGGUGGUGAGAUGCUCGAGGUCUCAACUUACAGAGAUUCCGCGCGGGAUUCCACCGGAAACCACCGAGCUGUAUUUGGACGUGAACGACAUCAAGACGAUCCAACCGGAGAGGCUGAACCACCUGAGGAUUCUCACCAAACUGGAUCUGAGCAACAACCAGAUCGGAAUGCUGUCCAACGAUACCUUCAGGAAUCUCACGAAGCUGUCGCACUUACUCAUCAGUUACAACAAGCUUCAGUGCGUGCAACGGAAUGCCCUCGCGGGAUUGAAAAAUCUUCGAAUAAUCUCGUUGCACGGUAACGACAUAUCGGUCAUCCCGGAGGGAGCAUUCGAGGAUCUCAAGUCUAUAACGCAUCUCGCCCUGGGGUCUAACCCGCUUUACUGCGACUGCAGCAUGCGGUGGUUGGCCGAGUACGUGAAGAAAGAUUACGUGGAACCUGGCAUCGCGAGGUGCAUAGAACCACCCACGAUGAGAGACAAAUUGCUCUUGACGACACCGGCUAGUGCCUUCCAGUGCAAAACCAAGCAACAGCCAGCCGAGGUCUUGGCCAAGUGCGACCUGUGUUACACCUCGCCAUGCGAAAACGGAGGAUUUUGCGAGGCGCUUCCGGACCGGCAGUUCCGUUGCAAGUGCGCGCCAGGAUAUCACGGGGACCGGUGUCAGCAUAAAAUUGACGCGUGCUAUGGAAAUCCUUGCCGGAACUCCGGAACUUGCAAAGUACUGGAGGAAGGAAGAUUCAGUUGCGACUGCGCCCCCGGGUACAAGGGACUACGAUGCGAGAGCAACGUCGACGACUGUGCCAACAACAGGUGCGCUAACAACGCGACCUGCGUCGACCUCAUACAGGCCUAUCGAUGCGACUGCGCCGCAGGAUUCAUGGGAGAAUACUGCGAGGAGAAGAUACCCUUUUGCACAAAGGGGCACGACCCCUGCGAGAACGGUGGCCGAUGCGUCGACCACAAGACCCACUACAGCUGCGAAUGCCCGGUCGGCUUCACCGGCCUCAAUUGUUCCACAAAUUUGGAUGACUGCGUCGAUCAUAUGUGCCAGAACGGUGCUACUUGCAUUGACGGCAUAAACAAUUACGAGUGUAAGUGCGCGGCGGAGUAUACGGGGAGAUACUGCGAGGCUGCACCCUCGACAGCCAUGCUGUAUCCACAGACCAGUCCGUGCGCCCACCACGACUGUCAGCACGGUGCCUGCUUCCAGCCCGCUCCCGCCUCCGCCGUGGACUAUCUUUGCCAGUGCCACCCCGGCUACACCGGAAAACGAUGCGAGUACCUGACGAGUCUGAGCUUCGUGGACAAUAGCUCGCUGGUCGAGCUGGAACNGCUACGCACGAGGCCCGAGGCGAACGUGACCAUCAUAUUCACGACCACGCAGGAAAACGGGGUUCUUCUCUACGACGGACAGAGCGACGGGCACAUUGCCGUCNAGCUCUUUAAUGGGCGGGUCAGAGUUUCGUACGACGUGGGUAAUUAUCCGACCUGGACGAUGAACAGCUACGAGAUGGUGGCCGACGGGAANCCGCACAUGGCAGAGCUGCUGGCGAUCAAGAAAAAUUUCACGAUGAGGAUCGACCGCAGCCCCGCCAGAAGCAUCAUCAAUGAGGGUCCGAAGGAGUACCUCAAGCUUGUCACGCCGAUGUUCGUCGGCGGCGUCGCGCCGGAAUUUGCUAAAGUCGCAUUUACCGAGUUUCACCUAAGGAAUAUUACGAGCUUCCAAGGCUGCAUCUCCGAGAUGUGGAUCAAUCAUAAGUUGGUAGACUUCAGCAACGCCGCAAAGAUGCAUCGUGUUUCUCCCGGAUGUGCUGCCAGCGAGGAAGAGGCCGACGAGGCGAGAGAUAUUGUUGAAGCUGAGGGAAUUAACAACAGUGGCAGUAACNAGGAGUUCAUGCCGCAGGAGCCCAUNCAUCGAGAACAUNCCGGUAUGUCAAGCUUUUAGUGUCAGACAUAAAAAAUGACAAUUUAUUACAACUUUCGUAUUUACGUUGCGUAUCAGAUAUNAUCGUGCCNAUGAGCGCGCUGAUGCCGCAUGCGUGUAUCGGACAUGAAUGCANAAAGGGANCGCAAUGCAUUCCAUCGCCGUUUGGUAACAGCUACUNUUGCCGAUGUCAAACCGGUUGGCUAGGACGAUACUGUG